AUGGAUAACUUCGAGUACAGCAUCCAGCUGACGGACCGCGAGUGGGCCGAGUUCCUGCGGGCCGCGGAGGAGUGCAGCCUGGCGCCGGCCUCGCUGGCCACGGCCGAGGAGCAGAGCCUCAGUGACAUUGAGCAAGGGGACAGCGGCGGCAGGGGCAGCGCGGCCGGGCCGGGCAGCGAGCCCGCAGCGCCCGGCAGUGCCAACCCUGUCCCACGUGGUGCCCGCGCCGGUGCCAGCGCCGGUGCCAGCCGCGGGCAGUGCUGCGUGCCGGGCAGCGAGCGCGGAGCGGAGCCGGGCAGGGUCCUGUGUGACAGCGACAGCCACCGGCCCGGCUGUGCGGCUGCCAUGCCCAGCGCCCAGAGGAGGCAGCAGCCCCCGCGGGCACCCGGGGGCACCGCGCAGGGCACGGCGGGGGCAGCGCCCGCAGGGAUGGAGCAGGGCGGGGAUGCAGGAGGGACACAAGCCCCGCUGGCACAGCCAGGAGCCCCAGCAGCCCCCGGAGCCCCCUCGGAGCCCCCGCAGCAGCAGCAGCAGCCGGGCACGGCGGGCACGGAGCCCAGGGUGGCAGCGCAGCAGCAGCAGCAGCAGCAGCCGGGCACGGCGGGCACGGAGCCCCCGGUGGCAGCGCAGCAGGACACGGCGGGCACGGGGCCCGGCUCUCCGGGCGGCUCCCCCAGCGUGGUGAGGCCCAAGGUGCCGGCGCAGCCCAGGAAGAGCCGCAAGCAGCGCGGGGCCGAGGGGGACCGGGACGCCCCGAGCGCGGCGCCCCCCGGCAAGGCCCCGCCGGGCUCCCCCGCGUCCCCGCGGAAGGGCAGGGCCAGGGACAGGGCGGCCAGGGCGGCGCUGGCGAGGCCGGGCAGCGAGGAGGCCGCCGAGAGCCGGCGGGCCGAGGGCGGCGAGGGCGGCCCCAAGGCCCCGGGCAGGACCAAGGGCACCCGGCCCCCGAGGGCAGCGCAGGGCGGACGUGACACUGUCCCCGCGGUCCCUGCGGACGGAGCCGCGGCUCUGCCAGGGGAGGAGAGCCAGGAGAUGCCAGGGAAGCCUCUCCAGCCCCGGAAUGUGACGGCGUUGGGAGGGAAUGCUGCUGAGGGGGCUGGGGGGCAGCCUGCUGAUGAGACCCCCAGGGCCGCCAGCCCCCUGUGCUUUGCCGAGGGGGCCUCUGGCAAGCCCAACUCCCUGGAUGUGACCUGGCCCGAGAUGUACGAGUACCUGUUCUGUGACUCCCAGGAGGAGGAGGAGCUGGGCAGCUCCCUGGAGGGGCGCAGAUCGCCCUUGCAGAGGGAAAUCUCCUGGCCUGAGCUCUACGAGUACUUCUUCACCGAGCCAGAAGGAAGCAGGAAGAAAGGCAGAGCUAAAGACAGGAAAAGAAAGAAGUUGAGAGGCCUGGAGCGCCCUGGGCUGCACCAGGAGGCGCCCAGCCCUGCUGCAGACAAGGACACCGUGGUUAUCUCGGUCCCUGAUGUGCAUGAACGCUUCUUCCCAGAGCCAGCCCCCAACAGGAUGGGCUGGAGAGGGAUUUUCUCCCUGGCCCCGGCCUCAGAGGUGAAGAAAGCUGUGAGGGCUUUGGGCUCCCUGCUGCAGAGGCGGGCCCAGCUGGGAGGAGGCCAAGCCCCAGGCUCCCAGGCCCUGGUGCCCAGAAGAUCCGGAGAGGAGCUCGCCCUGGUCCCGCUGGGAGGAGCCCAGGGCUGGCCAGAAGUUGAGGACAGCGCCCUGGCACUGAGAGGUAAAUCCUGUUGUCCCCUGCAGGGACCUGAGGAGCCCCGGGUGCUGAGCCACAAGGACAUGUGCCUGGUGUUCUGUGCCUUCGCCUCCUGGGCUGUGAAGACAUCUGACCUGCAGGCUCCGGAUGCCUGGAAGACCAUGUUCCUGGCGAGCUUUGGCACCCUCUCGGCCAUCCGCUACUUCCGAAGGACGGUCAGGGAAGGGCACCCCCGGACUUAA